UUAUAUGAUUCACCACCACCGCGAGCGAACGUCCGUCCAGUCGAUAUGUGUGUGCCGCCGUCGGCGGAACGUUGACGUGGUGGCGAACAUCCCCAUUGACGGUGCGGCACGCGUUCGGUACGAAAUAGUUUUAUCCGUUCCGUGCGAUCGUGUACCACGCGAGUGAACAUUUCCGUUUCGAAAUAAACGCGUGAACGAUAAAAGAAAAAAUCAAAAAAUCAAAAAAAAUCCAAAAAAAAUCCGAAACCAUAAUUUCGUAAUUUUUAAAAAAAAAAACAAUCCUCGCCCGCACCACCCGCACUGCAACUCGUCAUCAUGGUGUUCUGCCGUUGAGAAGAGACAUGCACCAACAGCACCACGACUGCCGCAACCAACAUCGCAGCCGCUGUUGCCGUGGUCGCCGCCGCCGUCACCGCACCAACUCCGCACGCGUCCCGUAACCGUUUCGGCCGUCGCCUCCGGUUUGUCUCCGAAUUUAUUAACGAGAUACUAAGAUGCAGACAAUCGGUAAAACCACUGAUAAAAUGGAUUUCCCUAAAACUUGGACUGAUAUAUUAUUAAAGUCGAUAUCAGGUAAGACAAACUAUACUAUAGAUGUAAAAAUAGGAACUAAACGUAUCGCAACGGACAACCAAGAUCAAAGAGAAAGCCCGAAAAAACGUCGUAAACAAUCGAAUCCUACGAGAAUAUCGGCCAACGAAGAAAAUUUGAACAAUGGGCUUGAUACAGAUUUAUUGCGAUCUGACAGAACCAAACAUGAAUUGGAACACAUUGAACCACUAAAAGAUUUAACACUGUCAAAUGAUCAACAGACUUCUUCAUUGCCCUUAAAUCUGACAACGUGUGAGAAUCAAAAACCCUCUUCUGAUGACUUUCAACAAGUACAGUAUUCCAAUAACAUAUACCGACAAAAUAAUUCGUCUACCAAAAUUUCCGAAAACUUGAAUUUGCCAUACCAAUCGUACAUGCAAUCAAUUUCAUGUUUCGAAAAAAAAGAUUGUUAUUCGGUUGAACCUUUUAAAAGCCCGCAGUGCAACUUGGCAGCAAAUGCUGGCCAGGCUCCCGUUCAAAUAUUCAACCCAGAAGCGUUUUGCGAUCAAUGUAACAAAGAAUUCUGUAACAAAUACUUUUUGAAAACGCACAAGGCUAAUAAGCAUGGCGUGUACACAGAGAACGUAUCGAGUGGCUUCACUACGGAUCAGAUCGAGAGAUAUAAAGAGCCACCAGCGGCUAGUGAUUUUUCCCCGCACGCUAAUGACGUGUCCGCCGUGGUGUCAACGUCGACACUGUUCAAAAACACUUUGGUGUAUCCCCAGCCGCCGGCGAACACGAACACGAACGCAUCGAGAAACGCGAUGAUGAACAAUCAGACCCGAGCGUUUUGCAACGUGUGCCAAAAGGAGUUUUGUAACAAGUACUUUGUGAAACGGCACAAAGCGAAGAUCCACGGGAUAGUCGACGACGGAGACUACAGGACGGCCAUCGACGACGGUCCGUCGUCGAACAACUGCAAAACGAGUGUCCGGAUAAAAAACGAGUUCUUAGACUUUGGUGGCGUCGCAGACGCGUUCGGCAAGGACGAGGAGAAUGUGGGACCGUUUACGUUCUGCGCGCAGGAGUCGUAUUCGCGAGCGUCCAUAGCGCAGUCGCACACGUCGGCGGCGGCGGACACCGGAGAACCGGAGCCGUCGCGAUCGGCCGCGGUCCCGUGCGUUCACAUCAAAACGGAGGGUUCGGACGAGGAGCACGGCGCGAACGGGCCGGCCGACGGAUGGUACAACGGGCACGAUAACCGUCACGGUGUCGGCGUCCGUCGGACUGGUGGUGGUGCCGAGGCGGUCGACUUGAUGGCGACGAACGACGGCGAACGCGGCACCGACGGAACGGAUGACGACGCGGACCGUGGUGCCGGUGCACCGGACGGAGCGACGGAGCUGACGGACAAGAGCGGACCGAUGACGUUGAACGAUUGGUUUUUCAGACCGAACGGCGGCGCGCCGGAAACCACGUCCAAGUGUGACGCGUGCGACGCGAUGGUGGACGGGUCGCUGAAGGCGCACGUUCUCGACAAGCACGAGCACCUGGCCAACGAGCUGAUGAACGACGCGUCGGAGUGCGAGUGGACGGCCGCGAAAGGCGCGGGCGACGCGUCCACCAGCAGCAGCAAGAACUCCGUCGAGAACUACGACGUGUGCGCGACCAGGCACGGCGGUGAACGGAAACCGUCGGCGGCCGCGUUGAGCAGCUUCUGCAGGAUUUGCAACAAGGAGUUGUGCAACAAGUACUUCAUGAAGACGCACAUGCAGCGCAUGCACGGCAUAUCGAUCCAGAACGGCAACCACAUCGGCGGCGUUGUGUGCGACAUAUGCAACAAGGAGCUGUGCAGUAAGUACUUCCUGCGCGUGCACAAGCUCAACUCGCACGGCGUCGGUGCGGCCGAGAACUGUCCCAGGUACUGGCCGGACUCGGAUCAGAACCGAGAGGGCGCGACCCCACCGGUAGAAGGGCCGCCGCAGCCACCGCCGCAACAGCCGCAGCCGCCGGUCGACGGGCCGCUGGACGACGCGGCGCAGCGGCCGGACGAUGAUGGCCACUACCGGUACUACAAGCACUACACGGAGUCGUGCAGCAUGUGCUCGCGUCGGUUCCGGAGCUCCAAGUGGCUGAGCGCGCACCUGUUGAACGAUCACGGGGACGAGGGCCGGGCGCUUUGGCGGCGGCACGUGAACAACCGUCCGGAGGCGGCGGACGAGCGGACCGUGGACGACGCGAAGCAGUACCGGUGUUCGUACUGCCCGUUCGCCACGUCCGUGCUGUCGUUCCUGUUCGUGCACGAAAAGUUCCACGUGGCCGAGCCCGCGCAACGGUCGCCCGACCGCGCGUUGGACACGAACGGCAACGACCUGUUGCGGUACGCCGCGGCCGCAAAAGCCGCGGUCGGGUGGCCGUCCGACGACCGCCAUCACCGGGUCGACGGUGCCGAGUCCGGCGGUGGCCACGAGCCGUUCAUCAUGCAGUCGUUCUUCCUGGAGAACUGUUCCGUGUCGCCGUCCGUCAGGACCGAUGCGACCGGCCGCAGCGAUUCGUUCCACUCGUCGCUCGUCUACUUGCCGGUCAAGGAGAAGCUCACGUCGACCGUCAACGUUUUCUUCAAGCUCACACCGACGUAAUGCAAUCCGUGUCUGAGAUCCAACAGCGUUCUUAUCGCGUCCGUGACCGACUGGAGCCGACGCCGAUCUGAACACGAGUGGUCGACUACACGAAACAACGCAAAUAUUGUACACUGUACGAUUGUAAUUUAUAUUAAACGUAACAUAGGUAUCAUAUUAUACAGGGUGUAUCUCCCGUAUGUCGUUCGUAUGACCAACGGUUCUUUAUUUUUUCGACGGUAGCGCUACGAUAAAAAAAAAAAAAAAAAGGCCCUCCUC